AUGGUCAUCCCGUCAGUACAACAAGCUCAAGCUACGCCUUCCGCAGUCCUAGUCACUGCGGACCAAGUCACUGCAGGCCCAGUUACCGCAGAGGUUGAAGAAGCGAGCUCUAAGCGCUUCAUCGCAGAGCUGCUAACGCAUGGUCUGCAUCUCGUAUCCAGCAUCGUUGUACUGGGUAUUGUCAUAUAUCUCAUCUAUGUAUAUACGCAUACGGGACUUGAGAUGUUUUUGUCUAUGCUGGCCUCCGUCGACAUCGUCGUCUGCAUCUUCGCCCUCUGCCACCUCUUCCACAAAUCCUCGACGCCCGAUCUCACCAUCCCCAUGUUCAUCCUGUCAAGCUUGUGGCUCACAGCCUUCAUACUUUCUUCUGUCGAAUACGCUCACGAGCCGUGUAUCCAGACUGAGGAAGAGGAAUGGGUCAGUUGUCCGAUCAAGAGGGCGCAUAUGGCGUUUGAGGCGAUUGCUUUCUUUUUGAGUUUUGCAACUAUGAUGGUGGAGAUUAGGAGGUGGAGGGGAAACAAGGGGGAUGUCGAGGUUGUUGAUGGGGGUGACAAGGGUGUGGGGAAUGCAGUGGUUACGCCGGGGACGUCGAAUACGGCUGUUUGA